AUCGACGUCCUAUCUCCAGUAUCGACAACGAAAAGUGCCCCGAUGAGCUGAGAUGUUCUCGUACGAUCCUUAAACCCUAAUCCCGCGAGAGAAGAAAGGCGGAAUGUGGGGAAUGUAGUCGAUCGCUAUCAAUAUAGUCGAUAGUCUUAGGUCUCUCUUAAAGUCAAUUGAUCCUCCUCCCUCAGUCUAUCAAGGAUCUCGAUUCCAAACUCACGGCGCUCCUUGAUGCCCAUGCUGGUAUUCCUCUGACUGCAGUCUGGGAUAUACUACAACCAUGGAUCCGGAUAUAACUGUACAGUCUUUCUUUCGUCAGCCAAGACCCUUUGAGGAUCCUCUAGUACACCUUGUAGAGAAACAAUUUCAAAAUUUCCCCAAAUGCAAGUCCGCCAGAGAUGAUAGAUGGAUCCGGCUGCCUCGAGAUCAGCAAGGUCGAGACUUGAAUCCAAUGUACUACAAGCCCAUAAAAGAAAGUCCCUGGGAACCUCCAAGACCAGUGCUCUCUGAGGGCCACACUUACGCUCUCACCGACGAGGUCCGAAGAAUUUUCCCGCGCUCAGGCCUGCACCUCAUUCCCAGAGCAACGUUGAGAGAUCUUUUAGUUCCCGAAUUCACAGGAUACGAAAAUUCUCGCGAAGCUGAGAAAUGGAUAACUCAAUACAGCGAGUGGGCCAUAAUGUACGGCCUGUCGGCCCCUCUCACGAAAGAGCUACUGGUGGACUACCUCUACCGAACCCUGCGCUUCAUUCCCAAACACCCCAUCCCAAAAAAGGAAUACGCUACAUGGGAAGAUUUCCUGCGAGACUUCUUUCUCGACAUGAACAUAAAAAAAGUGGAGCAAUUCAAAGCGUGGUACUGGCAGAAGCGCAAAGAGGUUUCCAUCAUCUGGUUCUCGCACACGGAACUCAAACUGGCCACUAAUUACUUCGACUCGCGCCUUGUGGUGGGCGAGAGCAGCGCGGCUCGCUUGCUCAAGGCGGACAUGCCCAACAUGAGCCCAGCGGUCGUCAAGAGGUGGAAGAAGGUGGUCCCGCGGUCGCUGGCCAAGGUGCUGAGGGAGAUCACAGUCCACCGGUACUUGCCCAAGCGCCACACACCCAACAUAGUCCAUCUGUUGGGCUACUGCACCAGCGUGGAGGACCCACUGCUGUUGUACGAGUUUGCGCUCAACGGGACCCUGCGAGAGCACUUCAAGGGCAAGUACGGGGACUACAUUUGGCGGAGCGCACCGGUGCGACUGGCUAUAGCCAUCGACAUCGCCAUGGGAGUCGGCGAGCUUCACUACAAUGGGAAGCUGCCGGUUUACCACCGGGACAUCAAGCCUUCGAACAUUCUAUUGGACCGAAUGUACCGGGCAAGAAUUUCGGAUUUCGGGGACGCUGUGGUAGUCAAAGGCGACGACGACCGGCACUGCCCCGCUGUGUGUGGGUCGCUCGGUUACCUCGAUCCGGUAUAUCGGCAGACCGGUCGCUGUGAUGACAAGACGGACGUUUACAGCCUGGGAGUGGUGCUCAUGGAGCUGGCCACCGGCUACAAGGCGUGGGACCCGUUCCGGCAGGUGGCGCACGGGCUCAACCCCUUUCUGGUCGGGCUCGUGCUGGACUGCGUCCAGAAGGGGGAGAUCGAGAGUAUCAUACGACCGGGUAACCCGUACCACAUCGGCUCGCCCGGAGGUCACCCCGUGAUGAUGGAAGGCAACGCCAUCGCCGUCGAACUGGUCCGCGUGGCGCUCUGGUGUUGCUGCCCAAACCUUCAUCUUCGGCCGCGCGCGGACGCCGUGGCCGCCGUGCUCCUGCAGCUGCAGCAGCGUUGGGUCGACCCCGCGUUCCGCGCCUUGCAGCAGAUACAUGAAGUGGGCUCCGAUCCCACGAUUCCCGUCCCAGUCCCCGUAGGAACACCGUCGCCUAGUGCUGUUACAAAACGCGCUGGUAAAGGUAACGAUGGGAAAUCCAUCACCGGGACUUUUCCUGCAGGAGGGAAGGAAGAAAAGACGCAGAGCGAAGGAGAUAUUGGAUCGAAAAAGAUCAGGAAAAGUUCUGCGGACCUCAAGACCCCAGCGAAGAAAAAAAAUUGAGGCGUUGAAUUGCGUCUUAUGUACAGUUGACACGAGUAGAAGUAAUUGCAAGAAACUCACGAUGAUUUCUAAACCCUAAGAUAUGAAGCCGGGUAAGAAGAGUCGAAGAAGAAGGUGAGACUCUUUCCGUAACUUUCGCAUUGAUGGAAGUAGGGGACGAAUGAUAUCUAGUGAACCUCCAAUCUCGAUCACAGUAGCCAAGAUCUUUUUACCGAGUAUUGUGUGUAAAUGCUUGAUCAUCUGAAGGCGCUUUUAAUACAAGAAAAUUACAGAGGUUAGGAUAACUAGAAGAAUUAUCAAACUUACAAGCGACAUGAUCAAUCUGUCAAAUCUGGCCAUUCCGCGGAGGGCGUAUCUACAUAGCCCCGAGCCUUCCUUGUCGAGGAGAGCCGUAAGCCAUGCCUCCCGAUGACGCAUCACUUACAAGUGCGAGGAAAUAACAAUCUCCCUAAACGAGCGGACAGUGAUGACAAGCUUUGGUGGGUGUCUUUGUUAACAUUUUGGAGCAACGAGCAACCUUGAUUUCACCAGACUCGAGGAUGAACUGAAAUGUGGACAUGCCUCGAGCGAAUGUGGAUUGGUGCCAUGAGAAUAGGCCUUGGCGACAUGAUUGUCGCUAAAAAUAGAUAGUGUUUAGAGCAAGAGAUCUGGUCUCAAUUGACUUGAAAAUAUGUUUUAUAAUAC